AUGGUGAGCUUGGUUGUGUAUCGGUGCGGUGGAAGUAGCUCAUCCCAGGGAUUGGAUUUUCCUUGUUCCGUAACACAGGGUCGUCAUAAUCGUGAAACGAUGUCCUUCCACAUUGGGCAAGCAGGUAUUCAGCUUGGAGAAGCCAUUUGGGAGCAGUACGGCAUGGAACAUGGCAUUGGGAAAAAUGGGCAACGAGUCGAAGCUGCAGAUAGCUGCAGUGUAGUAGACUUUACCGAGUGUUGUUCGUUUUAUUCGAACAACGGUGAAGGACGAUACGUCCCACGAGCCGUAUUUAUCGAUACGGAACCGAUGGUGAUAGAUCAGCUACGAUCGUCUGCAAUCGGAGAGCUGUUUAACCCCGAGUAUAUGGUGCUAGGGAAAGAGGACGCUGCUAACAACUACGCACGUGGCUAUUACAACCUCUCGCACAAAACACUCUCCCGGGCGAUGGAAGCCGCACGACAGAUCGCCGAAGAUGCGGACAACUUGCAAGGGUUGUUCCUUUACCACUCCUUUGGUGGUGGAACCGGUUCAGGUUUAGCUGCACAUCUGCUUCAGGAGUUGACGGAAGAGUUCCCGCGAAAGUGUCGCCUUUCGUUCUCGAUAUAUCCUUCGCCAAAGCUGAGCACGAGCGUUGUAGAACCGUACAACACCGUUCUCAUGACGAACCGAACGAUGGACAACGUCGAGUGUUCGUUUCUGGUGGACAACCAGGCGAUUUACGACAUUUGUACCAGCAGACUUUCGAUCGAUCGGCCAAGUUACUCGAACCUCAAUCAGCUUGUCAGUCACGUAGUGUCGGAUGUUACCGCAUCGUUACGCUUCGGAGGUGAUCUCCACGUGGACAUGAACGAGUUCCAGACCAACCUAGUGCCCUUCCCGAGAAUCCAUUUUCCGCUCAUCUCCUUCUCGCCACUGAUAACGUGCGAAAAUGUGAACCAUGAGAGUCUAGACGUGGGCUCACUGACGAGGCAACUGUUUGAACCCGGUGCUCAGAUGGUGCGUUGUGAUAUCGCUCGUGGAAAGUACAUGGCGUGCUGUUUGCUCUACCGUGGGCAGUUCCUUCCGAAGGAUAUCAAUGUGGCCAUUGCGGGGAUGAAGGCCAUACGUAGCGUACGGUUCGUCGAUUGGUGUCCCACCGGGUUCAAGAUUGGGAUAAAUUCGAUGGCGCCAAAAAUGGCACCCGACGGAGACCUGGCGCCAGUCAGUCGCUGUGUGACGAUGCUCGCUUCCAACACGGCAAUUGCAGACGCGUGGAGCAAUAUUGACGAGAAGUUCGAUCUAAUGUUUCGGAAGCGAGCGUUCGUGCAUUGGUACACAGGCGAGGGACUGGAGUUGAGCGAGUUUCGGGAAGCCCGGGAAAAUCUGGCCUGUCUCGAGGUGGACUAUCGUGAGGCAGAACUAGCGGGUUGAUACGGCUUCACU